CUCACUGAUGCGUGUGUGCCACUCUCUUACAUAGCUGUUGAAGAAGAUCCACGUUUCCAAGGAUGCCGACACCAACAUGCGCCGGACAUCUCGAAUUCUAUCCCUAUUGGAGGUGCUUAGGUAGGUACCAUUGAGUCUUACCAUGUUAAGUGAAUUGGUUUCCCUCCUAGCAAUUGGUAUAUCAUUUAUUCUCUAGGGUUGUUUUCACGCGGGCCAAGACUCUAUACCCAGUGUACUUCGGGUCGUUACGAAGCUACUAAUACUGGACAGCUUAGGGUACUAAUCCUUGAAUACCUCUAUAGGCCUUGAGUUGCUGUGCCCUAAAAUGAAUGUUUAGGUAUAUAAACUGUGUUUGGUGGCGGGCUUCUAAGUCUGCAGGAUACGUCUCUCACAAUUUCUCGACUUACUGCUCGAGUCCGCUAAGAUGACCAAACAAACUUGGCUUAUCACUGGUUGUUCGAGUGGCUUCGGCGAGCAAUUCGUUCGUCAAUUGACUGCGCAGGGCGACCAAGUCAUUGCGACUGGUCGUAAUGCCGAGACUAGACUCGCACAUUUGCGUGACACGGGGGCAACUAUACUAGAAUUAGAUGUCACCGUGCCGCAAGCAGAGAUUGAAAAGAAGUUCCAGCAGGCGCUAAAUGUCUAUGGUACCAUUGACGUUAUCGUCAACAACGCAGGAUUCAUUCAAUGUGGUGCUCUGGAAGAAUUAACUCAGGAAGAGCUACAACUGUCAAUCGAUACCCAUCUACAUGGCCCUCUCAACCUUUCGCGUGCCGCACUCCCCCACUUCCGUGAGAAAGGAAGAGGGUGGCUGGUUUAUAUGAAUUCCCAAUCCGGAGUUAUUGGAGAGCCGGGAGCAACUGGGUAUUGUUCUAGCAAAUUUGCCCUAGAAGGAGCUGUAGAAAGCUUGGCGAAAGAAUUGGCAUGGCUUGCGCCAGGAAUUAAACCAUUAAUCAUCGAAUCGGGAAUCUUUAAUACUGAAGUUAUGAACAAUAUUCAUCACACAGACUAUCGUGUUCCAUUCUGGAAACCACUCAACGAUGCGGCGCGUAUUCGCGGGCAAGGAAAUUACAGAAAUCCUCCAGGAAACGCAGCUGAGAUGAUCUCAAAAGUAAUUCAAAUUGUUAAAGGAACCGGCAUCGCAGAGGACAGGGAAAUUCCUUUACGUAUUCCUUUUGGGAGUGAUUGUCUGGCGGCGUUGCGCGAGAGGUUACAUACACUUCAGAAGACAUACGACGAAUGGGAGAGUGUGUCCAAGAGUACGGAUUUUCCUGGAGCAGGCCAACCAAUGCCUGAAUUUCCAGAUAGAUAAAGCGUCCGAGAACGCAUCUGUUAAGAGAAUGAAUGAUAUACAUCUUCAUGAAACAAUUCAUGAAGAAAUUGCAUUGAAUCUAGUAAGAAUCAACGAACUGAUGUGGCUGAUUAAAUCAUCAAGCUACGUAUGAGAGUAACUUCGUCGUAAAAAACGCUGUUGGUCUCAGGGAACCUGAGCUAAACUCCU